AUGAACCUCAACCUCUCGGCGUCACUCAAUGUGACCAAGCUGCUCUUCAAACCGGGCCUGUGUCUCCCGCAUCACACCGUGGCGACAUUCAAUGACCUCCCCAUCCCGCUGGACAAGGGGCUGCAGGCGGCUGGCCGACAGUCCGACAUCAAGGCCGUCGUUCUCGACAAGGACGACUGCUUCGUCUACCCGGACGCGCGAGACGUUUACGAGCCGUACAAGGAGCAUUUCGAGAGGCUCAAGCAGGCCUACCCCGGACGUCGACUGCUCGUCGUGUCCAACACGGCGGGCGCCAGCAGCUGGGACAAGGAGCUGCAGCAGGCGGCGGCGGUGGAGAAGAGCACGGGUGUCGCUGUUCUGGCGCACUCGGUCAAGAAGCCCGGGUGCGGGCCUGACAUCAUGGCCUACUUCGAGCGGCACCCCGAGACGGGCGUCACGGACCCCUCGCACGUGGCCGUCGUCGGCGACAGGCUGACGACGGAUAUGAUGCUGGCCAACGCCAUGGGGAGCUGGGGAUUCUGGAUCCGUGACGGCGUCGUGCCGCUGCGUCAAAAGAGCUUUGAUGACGUCCAGUUUUCGAGGAUGGAACGAAACCUCGCCGAUUUUCUGCUCUCCAAGCGCGUCGAAGCGCCCGUCCCUCGGCGCCUUGCGAGGCGUGGCUAG